CCCGCAGCGGGCGAGGAUGGAGCCUGCCGGUAUGGAUUAUUUCUGCGACCAGGUGCAGCAGAAGGACGUGGGCCGCAGGAUGCAGGUCGGCCAGGAGCUGCUGGAGUACCUGGGCGACCCGGCGAGGUCCCCCGAUCUGGAGCAGGACCAGCAGCGCCUUGACAAAGUGAUCGACGAACUAACAGGAUGGGUCAACUCUAGCAAUUUUAAGGUAGCAUUACUGGGACUAGAUGUUUUAGGUGCCUUUGCUGACAGACUAUCAGGACGCUUUAAAUCCUAUAUAGGAACCGUUCUCCUGCCUUUGAUAGAUCGUAUGGGAGAUGCCAAAGACCAAGUUCGAGAGCAAGCACAGAAUCUUAUAUUGAAAUUGAUGGACGAAGCAGCACCGCCUAUGUACAUUUGGGAACGCCUUGCUGUCGGUUUUAAACACAAGAAUUACCGAUCCCGAGAAGGAGUGUGUUUGUGUCUUAUUGCUACCUUAAACAUUUAUGGUGCACAACCAUUAAUCCUCAGCAAGUUGGUACCACAUCUGUGUACAGCGUUUGGUGACUCGAAUAGUCAGGUGAGAGAUGCUGCCAUAGCAGCCAUUGUAGAGGUUUAUAGACAUGUGGGAGAGAAAGUACGAAUAGAUCUUACAAAGAGAGGAAUUCCUCCCGGCAGGUUGCAAACAAUCUUUGCAAAAUUUGAUGAAGUAAGAAACUCUGGAAAUAUGAUUUUAAGUAGCAUCAGUG